AUGCUAGUCUCCAUAGGCUACCCAGACUCAACUGCCAUUACCUCUCAUCUAUUGCCCGAGCUUGGAGGGAGUUACGACACUAUGGAAUCCUUGCACAUGUCUCUCUCUUAUUUCCAGAGCUAUACUUCUGACUCUUGGGUUGAAUCAACCCCUGAAUCACCACCGUCUCGAAUGGGUUCCUGUACCGAAAACAUGAGUCUCGAAGGCAUAUCGCAGCCGCAUGGCGCUUUUGACGACAAACUGUCCACCGAAUCUCACCCUAUCUCGUAUGAUCCGGACCUAUUGCCUCUACCGCAAGGUCCAAUCUCCACCCCGCCUCUGCAACCUAGUUUUCAACCCGAACUCCCAGGCCAUAUAGCUUCAUCGGUGUGCGCAAGCUUGGCUUCACCAUUUGGAGGUACGGGUGGCACUAUCAGUGACACUAUCGACCCCGAAUGGGCCAACGUAGCGACCACUGGUUGGCAAGGUUUAUACUACGAGCAUGACGCUUGGGUAUAUCCUGGCUUCAUUCCCGUAUGGGACGGAGGAAAUCUGAAGACAUUGAAUUCUGAGCCGAUGGUACCGUCCACAGGGCUCGAUACAGCGAAUUUCAGCUCGCCACUGUCAACACAGUCGUCACAAGAGACUUACUUGCGAGAGAGCGAGCCGCAUGAGUCAGAUGAUGGCAACAGUUGCUUUGACGACAGUGGCACUGAAGAUAGCGAUACCCCACCAAGGCGUGUGAGUGCGAGGCGGCAGCUGAAGACCCAAGCUUCAUUAAAGAACAGGCCCCGAACACCAAAACGCGAGAGACUCGAGCUAGUCAGGUUCGAUUCCAUUGCCCUUAGCGAUCUCGAAAAGGAUGCCAGGACGGGAAAGUACACUGGGCUCCUCAAGAGGUCUGGUCUCAGCAUUUACGAGUGUGCAUACGAACACCCGGACGGAAGCGUAUGUGAACAACGCUUUACCAGACCGGAACAUCGAAAAAGGCAUUGGGAAGCCCACGAAGGCGUGAAGAAGUUUCAAUGUAAAAUUUGUUACAGAUUUUUCGGUCGUCGCGACAACUUCUUCGAUCAUCACUUCACCCAUCUUUACCGUCCAAACAAAAACGGAAGGAACAGGAGAUUUACGCUCGAGGAGAUCGAGAGGAAGGUUAAAGACAGGAGGAUCAUCCGAAGACUGAAACAAAAACUGAGGAAAGAGCUGGAGAAUGAGACCAAGGAAUAAAGCAGAAGCUUAAUGUCUAUUGGUUGAUUAGCCGCUUCAGCUUUCGGUUUUGUCAUGGGCAGCGUUGGUGUAUGAUGAAUGAGCUUCAUGUAUCUAUACCCACCGCUCUUGAUUUGUUAUGCAUCAGCA